AUGGAAGAGGACAAUCAGACCUCCCCUGUACUGGGGUUCAUAAUUCUGGGCCUUUCAACCCACCCAAGGUUGGAGAAACCUUUCUUUGUCCUCAUCCUGCUGAUGUAUCUGUUGGUCCUGCUGGGUAAUGGGGUCCUCAUCCUGGUGACCGUCCUUGACUCCCGCCUGCACACGCCCAUGUACUUCUUCCUGGGGAACCUCUCCUUCCUGGACAUCUGCUACACCACCUCCUCUGUUCCUCUGAUCUUGGAUGGCUUCUUGACUUCUCACAAGACCAUCCCCUUCUCGGCCUGUGCCCUGCAGAUGUUCCUCUCCUUUGCCACAGGAUGCACAGAGUGUGUGCUCCUGAGCAUGAUGGCAUUUGACCGCUAUGUGGCCAUCUGCAACCCCCUGAGAUACCCAGUAGUCAUGAGCAAGGCCGCCUACGUGCCCAUGGCUGCUGGCUCCUGGGCUCUUGGCAGUGCUGCGUCUGUGGUGCACACGUCCCUGGUCAUUCAGCUGCCCUUCUGUGGGGACAACGUCAUCGAUCACUUUGCCUGUGAGCUCUUGGCAGUCCUGAGGUUGGCCUGCACUGACAUCUCCAUCAAUGUCAUCAGCAUGGGGGUGACCAAUGUGAUCUUCCUAGUGGUCCCAGUCACGUUCAUCUUUAUCUCUUAUGUCUUCAUCAUCGUCACCAUCCUGAGGAUCCCUUCAGCAGAAGGGAGGAAAAAGGCCUUCUCUACCUGCUCGGCCCAUCUCACUGUGGUCAUGAUCUUCUAUGGGACCUUAUUUUUCAUGUAUGGGAAGCCCAAGUCUAAGAACUCACAGGGGGGAGGCAAGGAAGACCUUUCAGAAAAGCUCAUCCCCUUGUUCUAUGGCAUAGUGACCCCGAUGCUCAACCCCAUCAUUUAUAGCCUGAGGAACAAGGAUGUGAAGGGUGCAGUGAGGGAUCUGGUGAGUCAGAAAUGCUUUAGCCAGAGGUAA